GACAGACAGACAGACAGACAGAGUUUUGUUUUUGGAAUAAAGAACACAAGUUGGAGCUUGCGUUCUUUAUUUGGCCGCUGGUCUUCCUGGGAUCCACACAAAGACGAAAACGAUUAAAAGUUCAAAUCAAGUCAAUAAGUAACAAAAUGUUUUAUUCUAAUCUGACUUCAGACUGCGUUCACAAUGUUUAGAGCAGGCAAAAGUUUUCUACUUCAGCCUGAGGCUUAAACCAGUUUGACUGACUUGUUUAUCUCCUGCGCUGUCGGAGGAUUAGAUACUAACACAGUCGGAUGUUGAAACCUUCCAUUUACCUUCCUGCGUUGGGUUUGGGACUGAGGAAGAGUAGCUUCCUCUUUGAUUGUCUCCUACCACCUCCUCCACCUCUUCCUCUUCCUCCUCCCAGCCCUCCACCGGCCUUCCAUCCCCUCCUGGGCUGUAGUUUGCUGCUGCGUCUGUCUUCCUGGUCUGGAGUCCCAGGCUCCUGCACUUGGCCUGACACUCCCACCAGCCGCGCACAACGCUGAGCCUCCUCAGACGCUCUGAGAUCGACUGGAACGCGGUCCUGCUGUCGGCGGCGCGCGGCGCUCCCACCUCCUCGUCCCACGCCGACACCAGAGCCAGCACCUCCUUCUCCCCCCACUGCCUCUCCGCCACCUCACUAUCACCUCCUCUUUGUCUCUUUGCUCCUCUCUCCAUGUUUUGAGCUGACCUGGAAACGCGUUUUUUUUCUCUUUUUUUUUUUUCUUCUUCUCUCCCCAAUCCCUCUGUCUCUGCCGCCCGGUUCCCUAGGCAACCGGGCGGUUAAGCCUGAAAGCAACGCCUCCAUGCUGAAUAGCAGCCUCACCACUGGCUUAAGCUGUGUGCCGAGGGGGCGGGGCCAGCGGUAAUCCGAGAAGCAGCUUGGUAUUUGGCUGAAAAACUGCAGCGAGGCGACUCUCCGUAUAUGUGGGAGCUCCACAGCAGAGAACCAGACGUUUCUGGUUUCUUUGCUUUUCUCUCUGCUCCAAACAAACAAGUUCAGUUUGCCUCGAGGCUCAUAUCCAGUGCAGACGAUUCAUAUCCGAGCGUGCAGAGAAGAGGCUGGGUUGUAAAAACACUCACUCCCCACUGAUUUAUAUUCACACUGGUACAAUUAACUUCCAUGUGCUGUGUUUGUGUCCACAGGGGUCAGGAGAGUGCUGGGAUAGUCACCAGUAAUGGAGCCAGUCCGCCCACAUACGCAACCCACAAGGGAAUGGGAUUAGUAAACACUGCUUUUGCACCCGAGGGUCUUCUGAAACUGCGCUACGGUAACCUCGGUAUUUGUCACACUCGCUAUUCAACCACUGGGAUCUCGGAGCUGCAGAACUGCCAGCCCUUUGUGGUGGACACUCUGCAUGGCCAGAUCGCCGUGGCACACAAUGGAGAGCUGGUUAACGCUCAAGCCCUGCGGAAAAAGGUAAUGCGCCACGGUGUGGGCCUCUCCACCAGCUCAGACAGCGAGCUCAUCACCCAGCUGCUGGCACUGACUCCACCUAUGGAGGAGCAGGACGCACCCAACUGGGUUGCCAGAAUAAAAAAUCUGAUGUCGGAGACGCCUACGUCGUACUCUCUGCUGGUGAUGUUCAAAGACGUCGUCUACGCCGUGCGUGACCCUUACGGAAACCGUCCGCUCUGCAUCGGACGCAUCGUUCCCGUCUCUAAAAUGCACAGUUCAGGAGCCGGAGAGGAGGACACCGAGGGCUGGGUUGUGUCAUCAGAGUCCUGCAGCUUCCAGUCCAUCGGUGCCAAGUAUUACAGAGAGGUCCUACCAGGAGAGAUAGUCCAGAUAUCGAGGCACGGAGUCAAGUCUCUGAGUGUUGUCCCUCGUCCUCAGGGAGACCUCCCUGCAUUCUGCAUAUUCGAAUACGUCUACUUUGCCAGACCGGACUCUAUUUUUGAAGGGCAGAUGGUCUACACCGUGAGGCAGCGCUGCGGUCGGCAGUUGGCCAUCGAGGCUCCGACGGACGCGGACGUGGUCAGCACCGUGCCGGAGUCUGCAACUCCUGCUGCACUGGGCUAUGCUCAGCAGUCCGGGCUGCCGUACAUAGAGGUUCUGUGUAAGAACCGCUACGUCGGGAGAACGUUCAUUCAGCCAAAUACCCGCUUGAGGCAGCUGGGUGUCGCCAAGAAGUUCGGGGCUUUGACCGACAACUUUGCCGGGAAACGAGUGGUGCUGGUCGACGACUCCAUCGUCAGAGGCAACACCAUCUCUCCCAUUAUUAAGCUGCUGAAGGAAGCCGGGGCGACCGAGGUCCACAUCAGGGUCGCCUCUCCCCCGAUCAGUUACCCGUGUUACAUGGGCAUCAACAUCCCCACCAAGGAGGAGCUCAUCGCCAACAGGCCGGAGUUUCAGGACAUUGCUGGAUACAUCGGUGCAGCCAGUGUGAAGUAUCUGACCGUGGAGGGCCUGGUGUCGGCCGUUCAGGAGGGCAUCGCCUCCCUCCAGCAGGGCGACGAGAUGAUCGGCUCCAGCAGCAAGAGAGUGGGCCACUGCACCGCCUGUCUGACCGGGAAAUACCCGGUGGAGCUGGAGUGGUAACGCCACCACCAGCCACACGCUACAGUUUACUGCGAGCUCCCACAACCAAUGAAAUGUUCUGUGUAGACUGGGGAGGAAGUGGUCGACCAUUUGAAUACUGCCAUCAGAGACUCUGAGAGAUGUGUUCAAUACAUACAGCAGAUGUUCUCUACAGAGGAAUGUCAUCCUGCUGGUAGUAGUGAUGUUCUGUAGUGUGUGUGUAUGAGGUUCUCCUCAGUCAGGGUUCUACUACAGUAGAUGAGUUCAUAGAAACAGGCAGGAGAACCAGCACGGGAGCAAAGUGAUGUUCUGCUGUGGACGUAUGUUAGACUCCUAACAGAAUGUCUCUCAGUUGAAGUGAACGUAACAAGAACCCUGACUGUGGAGGAGAACCUCAUACAGACACUCUCUUUAAGUUGAAAAUAUUACUUUUCAUAACCAGUAUUAGUCUGUUUUACUACAUCCUGAUAUCACUACGGUAUGAUCACAGGUGCACACGUCUCACCACACUGAUGCCUUGGUUUGUAAAUGUAUUAUCAGAAAGGUUCACAUUCUCAGCCUUAUAUAGAAUUUAUUAUGUCAGAAAAGCGCACAAGGCUCGUGACCAAAACGUAUCACGUUUAUUACUUUUCUACCUAAAAUGAACCUUUAGGCUCUUUAGUUACGUUGUUGGAUAUUUUGUUUUCUUAACUUUAAAAAACAUGCAUGAAUAUAAUGAAAAGGUUAAAUAAUAAACCGAAUAACUGCAAUGAAAACAAGGACUUCAUUUUUUUUUUUUUCUUCCUCAAACUGCAUUUUGACAGUCAUUUUUAUUAUUAUAAUAAACAGAUAAAAUUAAAAUUACGAGGCAGUAUGUACGUAGAUAAUGAUGCACCAUCGCACAAAGAGUAAAAAGGUUUAAGCUAGAAAAUAUACAAGAGAAUGAACCAAACAAAUGGUGUUGACACAGUAAGAGAUAAAAACAUUAGGAUGGACCGCUGAGAGAAGAAGCUUCUCACUGGCGUUAGUUUUCCUUCUGUGGACACGCAGAUGAAAUCCCUCUUCACCAUUUUCUGAAGGAGAUUAUUAAAACACAUUAAUACUCAGGGGUCAGAAAUCAAACAUCAGAAUUCAUUAUAAUCACCUCGGGGAGAAUCUUCUGCUCUCCAGUGAACUUCCUGUUGAAUGAAGCAGAACGAGUAAAGGAAACUGAUUAAAAGAACAAUUACACAAACUGCUCAUAGGAACACUUCGUAUAUCAGUUACUCACACCGUGCUGCCUUGAAUCCUUAAAUAAAACGGAUGUUCUUGCAUGCCUCUACGGCGAAUGAUGAAUCCAAAGAACGGAGGAAAGAACGAGGGCCACGUUUAACACCAAAACAUCCGUCUCACAUGACUCAUUUAUCCAGUUGUAUGCUCACUACUUACCAAAAUAAAUGCAUCCUGGCUAACACUUUACUGUUUAUACAGACUAAGUGUCUUAAAGGGCCAGUGUGUAGCACUUUAGGGGGGGAUCUAUUGGCAGCAAUGGAAUUUAAAAUUCAUAUCCAUGUUUUCAUCAGUGUAGAAUCACCUGAAACUAACUAUUGUGUUUU